UGUGACGUACUUCGACGUAUUUCUGUAUCACACUAUUGUUUGAGUGGGAACAGACUCGAUCAACUCACAAGUGCAUUUCACAACUGGGGUUGUGUGUUUGUCCAAUGUAUUGCAGAAUAAACCAGUCCAACUGCUCCAUACAAUCCUACCUCCUGUGAAGUGCGUUCAAAUAGCAGCACAGCAAUAUAGAGAACGUCACACAUCCAUGGCAAAGAAUAAGACGCCUGGAUACAAAUGUUCAUACAACUUUGGCAAAGUCGAGGAGCGGGAACCAAGAACUUGUGUGCGUUUCAAAUGCGGACUACUCAACACCAUACAGAACGUCCUGCACCAAAGACCUGGCUGGAUUGAAGUCAAAGAUGAUGGAGAUUGGGAUUUCAACUGGUGUGACGUGGGCUGGCUCAGGGAGAAUUUUGAUCAUACGUACAUGGAGGAGCAUGUGCGGGUUAACCACUUUCGCAACCAUUAUGAGCUGACUCGCAAAAACCUCAUGGUGAAAAACCUCAAAAGGUACAAGAAGAACCUUGAAAGAGAUGCUGGCCACAUGGAGGCAUCCAAAUGUGAUUUCUUCCCCUGCACCUUUGCACUCCCCAGCGAGUAUCAUCUUUUUGUGGAGGAGUUCAAAAGAAUCCCUGGCAACAUCUGGAUCAUGAAGCCAGUGGCAAAAUCCCAAGGGAAAGGCAUUUUUCUGUUCAGGAAACUGAAAGACAUCAUGGAUUGGAAGAAGGAUGGCCCCCGCUCAGAGGAGCAGAAGGAUGCAGCCCAAGUGGAAAGUUACGUGGCCCAACGCUACAUAGAGAACCCCUACCUAAUUAAUGGCAGGAAAUUUGAUCUGAGGAUCUACAUUCUGGUCACCUCCUAUGUUCCCUUGAAGGCCUGGCUGUAUCGAGAUGGCUUUGCUCGCUUCUCAAGCACCCGCUUCUCUCUGAGGACCAUUGAUGACAAGUAUAUGCAUCUCACCAAUGUGGCUGUUCAAAAAACAGCACCUGACUACGAUCCUGAAAAGGGAUGUAAGUGGCAGAUGCAGCAGCUUCGAAGAUACCUGACUGCAAAGCACGGCACAGGGAUGAUAGAAACCCUGUUCAUAGAGAUGGAUAACAUCUUUGUACGCAGUCUCCUGAGUGUACAAAAGAUCAUCAUCAAUGACAAACACUGCUUUGAGCUUUACGGCUACGACAUUCUGCUGGAUGAGAACCUCAAACCGUGGUUGAUUGAGGUGAAUGCCUCUCCGUCACACACCCCCAGCAGUCAAGAGGAUUACGAGAUGAAGAGCAGGCUACUGGAAGACACUUUGAAUGUUGUUGAUAUGGAGGAAAGGCUGACGGGCAAGGAGAAAAGGGUUGGUGGCUACGAUCUCAUGUGGAACGAUGGCCCUGUCUACAGAGAGGAUGCCAACCCGGAAACAUUUGGGAGUUCGUGUUUCACUUCCAACACACACCUAGGGUGUGUGAAUGACAGAGAGAAACAGCUUCGUCAGCUACUUAAACCGUUUCCAGUUCAGAAGAAGACGUGAUCACUCUCAUGAUUUCUAUAUCCAGCUAUAAUAGGAGUUGGGAUGAAAGUUUGGCAUCAUCUAGGUGUGUGUGUUUGAGAGUAGAAAGCCUUCAGUGAACACAAAAAAAAACACAAGUUCAGUGUGAUGAUCGGAUCAGAUUUUAAACUUGGUUAAAAUUGUCAUGUGUUGAAACUACUUCUACUACACAAUUCGUUUAAUUAUAGAGUUCAAAGAAAAGUUUAUAGGUGUAAAAUAUUUUGCUAGUGAAUGCAGUGAUUAGCUUGAUUUAAUGACCACGAGAUUUGUAAUAUUUGGGAUUGUAGCUUUGGGUCAAUAAAAAGACAGUUGUAAA